CUUACACAGACAAGAAUGAUAGAGAAGAGAGAGACAAGAUAUUGAGGAAGAGAGAAUAGAGUGGAAGAAGAAGAAGCAGAAGAAGAGCGUCUGUGUAUCUGCUAAGCAGCAAUAGCUAGGUGAAGUGAGAAAAACUUUUCUGGCAGCAGAAGGAGAGAGAGAGAGAGAGAGAGAGCGAGAGAGAGAAGGAAGCAAAUUGGUUGGUGAAGCAAGAUAUUUGUUGGUCAAGAAGUUGUGGAGCUUUUGGUUAUAGGUUUGAGACUGAAGAUUAGCUUCUUUUGAUAAGUUUAGAGAGAGAAAGAAGAGGUAGAAAGCUAGUAAUGGUUGAUUAAAGAGGGAAUUUCUUAGUUGAUAUGAAGUAGAGCUUCGAAUUUGAGGCUGUUAAUGAGAGAUCUGUGUUGAGCAAAGAGAGAUGAUGGAUUCUUCCGAGAUUUCAAUAAAGGGUAACGGUGGAAACGUAAGGGGAGACAGCUUCUCUUCGCCUUAUAGCGAACCCAACGACCCAAGGAACGCCAUGGAAGGACAGAAAAGCCAUUCUACAUGUCCUGUCUCUGCAAGAGACGCUGAAACGGCGCUUUACACGGAGCUGUGGCAUGCCUGUGCCGGCCCCUUGGUCACCGUUCCUCGUGAAAGAGAGCGCGUCUUCUACUUUCCUCAGGGACACAUCGAACAGGUAGCAGCGUCCACAAAUCAGGUGGCCGACCAGCAGAUGCCAGUUUAUGAUCUUCCAUCCAAGAUCUUGUGUACCGUGAUCAACGUCCAGUUGAAGGCCGAGCCAGAUACAGAUGAGGUAUUUGCGCAAGUGACUUUGCUUCCUGAUCCCAACCAAGAUGAGAGUGCAGUAGACAAGGAGCCUCCCCUGCCACCUCCACCACGGUUUCACGUGCAUUCAUUUUGUAAAACCUUAACUGCCUCAGAUACUAGCACCCAUGGUGGGUUUUCUGUGCUUAGACGACAUGCAGAUGAAUGUCUGCCACCUCUGGAUAUGUCAAAGCAACCUCCAACGCAGGAAUUGAUUGCUAAGGAUUUGCAUGGAAAUGAAUGGCGUUUUAGACAUAUAUUUCGGGGUCAACCGCGGAGGCACUUGCUUCAAAGUGGAUGGAGUGUAUUUGUUAGCUCCAAAAGGCUUGUUGCUGGUGAUGCGUUUAUAUUUUUAAGAGGUGAGAAUGGGGAACUUCGAGUUGGUGUUAGACGUGCAAUGAGACAGCAGGGAAAUGUUCCAUCAUCUGUUAUAUCCAGUCACAGCAUGCAUCUCGGUGUGCUUGCCACUGCAUGGCAUGCCAUCUCUACAGGAACCAUGUUCACUGUUUAUUAUAAACCAAGGACAAGCCCAGCUGAGUUCAUUGUUCCAGUUGAUCGAUACAUGGAGUCUGUCAAAAACAACUAUACCAUUGGAAUGAGGUUUAAAAUGAGAUUUGAAGGAGAAGAAGCUCCUGAGCAAAGAUUUACUGGUACAAUUGUUGGAAUUGAAGAUGCUGAUCCCAAAAGGUGGCGAGAUUCCAAAUGGAGAUGCUUAAAGGUGAGAUGGGAUGAAACCUCCACUAUCCCUCGCCCAGAGAGAGUUUCACCAUGGAGCAUAGAGCCUGCAUUGGCUCCUCCCGCAUUGAAUCCCCUUCCCAUGCCCAGGCCCAAAAGGCCUCGAUCCAAUGUGGUGCCUUCAUCACCUGACUCCUCUGUUCUCACUAGAGAAGGUUCAUCCAAAGUCACCAUAGACCCUCAACCACCAAGUGGAUAUUCAAGGGUCUUGCAAGGUCAAGAAUUCUCGACCUUGAGAGGCAAUUUUGCAGAGAGCAACGAGUCUGACACUGCUGAAAAAUCUUUGAUGUGGCCAUCUUCCAUAGAGGAUGAGAAGGUCGAUGUGGUAUCUGCUUCAAGAAGACAUGGAUCAGAGAGUUGGAUGCCCUCUGGGAGGCAGGAGCCAACCUACACGGAUUUGUUAUCAGGCUUUGGGGCACAUGCUGAUUCCAUCCAUGGAUUUGGUGCAUCCUUUGUCGAUCAAACUGCAGCAUCUGCUAGUAGAAAACUUAUAUUAGAUCAGGAAGGCAAGUUUAACUUGCCUUCCAGCCACUGGUCCGUAAUGUCAUCUGGUCUGUCCCUCAAGUUACCAGAGUCUAAUGCAAAGGUUCCUGUGCAAGGUCGUGAUAUGCCUUUUCAAGCACGAGGACAUAUCAGAUGCAGUGCAUUUAACGAGCUUCCAAUGCUUAAUGGGCACAGAGUUGAGCAGUCGCAUGGAAAUUGGUUGAUGCCUCCCCCCCCACCAUCUCAUUUUGAUAAUCAGACUCAUGCAAGAGAUCUAGGUCCAAAACCCAUUUUGGUACCGGAGCAUGAGACUGGGAAAUCCACCGAUGGAAAGUGUAAGCUGUUUGGCAUUCCCUUGUUUAGUAAUCCUGUUACACCAGAACCAGCAGCACAUAGAAGCAUGGUCUAUGAGCCCACUAGUGCGCAUCCACAGUGUCAUCAGCUUCGUGCAUUGGAAUGUGAUCAAAGGUCAGAACAAUCGAAGGGUUCUAAGCUGGCUGAUGAUAAUGAACAUGAGAAACAGUUCCAAGGUGGUAUCCUGCAUACGAGGGACAAUCAGGGCAAAGCCCAAAGUGUUUCAACUAGGAGUUGCACCAAGGUUCACAAGCAGGGGAUUGCACUUGGAAGGUCUGUUGAUCUUACCAAGUUCAACAACUACAAUGAGUUGAUUGCUGAAUUGGAUCAGUUGUUUGAAUUUGAUGGUGAAUUAAUGGCUCCCAAAAGGAACUGGCUAAUUGUUUAUACAGAUGAUGAGGGCGAUAUGAUGCUGGUUGGAGAUGAUCCCUGGCAGGAAUUUGUUGGCAUGGUUCGCAAGAUCUACAUCUAUACCAGAGAGGAGGUACAAAAGAUGAAUCCAGGGGCCUUAAAUUCAAAGGGUGAUGAGAAUCUGUUGGAUGUGGAGGGCAUGGACGCAAAAGACAUGAAAUGUCUUCGUCUUCCUCCUGCAAAUAGCACUGAUAUUUGUUAGGUUUGGUUACCUUGGUUUCUAGGUUUUCCACAAGAAGGCAAGCAGGCAAAGGGUGUUCUGUCUAUUUCAAUUGAAAAAAUUGGGAUGGGAGCGAUUCUAUCUCUUUAAAGAUGGCAAGCUUUUUGACAUCUCAGGAAUAGACUGCAAGAAUGUUGCACCCAAUUUUGGACCUCUUAAUGGAGUUAGUAAUGUAUGGUGUCCAGUUAUACAUAAACAUAUAUAAACAUAUAUACACCUAUGUUGAGCGAGGCAAUGGUAGCUGCUUUUUUUCCUUGAACCAUUCCACCCUGUACAUAGUUUUCCUCCCCCACCUACCUUCUAAUGUAUGUAAGUUUAUACAUCGCCUAAUGGUUUUUUGGGCUGGCCGACAAUCUUCUAGUCUUUCAUUUUGUUGUUUCCCGUGAAUAUCUUCUAUUUUAAUUGCUGGCGCAAUCGGAUGCGCAAGUAUUUUGUAUUGAAAGUCA